AGACAUGCCCGAGCCGGGAGCUGCACCGACCUCGACUUAUCUGUAAGCCGCGGAAGGAACCAUGGUCAGCAAGGACGCGGGCCAAUGCGCGCUCACGGCCUCGGAGAGCGACGUGGAGCCCGCCGCCUGCCUGGCCCUGGAGAUGAGAUACGCCCUGGACCCCAACCGGCAGGUCAGGAAGCGGAACAAGGCCCUGCAGGUGCGGUUCAAGGACAUCUGCGAGGCGCAGAGCGAGCAGCGGGACCCGCAGCUGGCCGCGGGGCAGGCGGCCGAGAGGCGCGAGGCCAGGGCCGCGUCCUACCGGGCCGCCUACCGCAAGUACAUGACGGUGCCCGCCCGCCGGUCCAUCCCCAACGUCACCCGGAGCACCGGCGUGCAGACCUCGCCGGACCUGAGGAAGUGUUACCAGACCUUCCCCCUGGACCGCAAGAAGGGGAGCCUCAAAGGCCUCCCGGCCGCCGACGCCUUCAAAGGCCCGGACAACGGGUUCGUCCUCGGUGCGAAGGAGAGGAGCGCCGGAGGGCCCGGGGCGGAGGCCGGGCCGUGGGCGGCGGGCCGGGCGCAGCAGACGGCCGCCUUGGUGUUCCGCUCCCAGCAACACAUGGACGCGCUGGCCCCGCCCGGGGGGCUCCGCUGUGCGGAGCUGUGCCGGGACCCCGGCGGGCACAGCUGCCCGGGCAGAGCUCUCCGCAACGCCCCGCGGCCUCCCUCCCGGGAGCCGGCCCACCAGCUGUACCGGCCAGCCGAACGGGACCGGGACCGGGCCGCGCCGGGCACGGAGGAGCCCGCUCCCUCGGCCCAGGGCAGGGUGUUUAAAACGGAGGUGGCCGCCGUCUACACGCCUGCCCCCGGUGCCCAGGCCCCCGCGCCCGCCUUGUCGAACUCGGCCGCCACGAGCCAGUGGUCCCUCUGCCCCGCGGAGGACGAGGGGCGGGGCGGGGCCGCCCCUCUCAAUGGGCUCCAGGCGCCCCCCACGCAGUGCCUGUCCCCCGAACGUAGUGACCGACCCCCGCAGUCUCCGGCCCCCGCGGGGCGGGAGCGCCCGCCGUGCCCGGCGGGGGCGGCCGGGGGUGAGGAAUGCCGACAACGCGUGCCUCCCACGGAGGUGGUGGACCUCAAGGCGCAGCUGCAGGCGAUGGAGACGCUGAUCAGCUCGAGCCAGGAAACCAUCAAAGUGCUCCUGGGGGUGAUCCAGGAGCUGGAGAAGGGCGAGGCCCACCGCGAAGGGCUCUCCUACCGGACCGGGCAGGACACCGCCAACUGUGACACGUGCAGGAACAGCGCGUGCAUCAUCUACAGCGUGGAGCUCGACUUCAAGCAGCAGGAGGACAAACUGCAGCCGGUCCUGCGGAACCUCCACCCCUCUGAGGACUCUCAGGUUGCACCUUCGCCUUACUCUCCGGAGACGCACUCCUCGACGCCCAAGCAAAAAUCCAAAACGGAAUCUAAAAAGCACGGGAGGUGGAAACUCUGGUUCCUUUAA